AAAAAAGAAAAACAAAAUAAACAUUGCCGUUUCAAGUGGGUCCGCUCUUCUCUAUUUCUGAACUAUCGUCUAGACGAAGCAAAAGCAUUUGGCUUUUUCUAUUGCUCUCUCUCUCUCUCUUCUCUAUAGAUCUAGUAUACAUGUAGUACGUCCUUUUGGCCGGUCUUUUGUCCAGUUGUUGGGGCAGCCACACGCCGGCCGCAAGUUGUUCGUUUCAGCUGCUCGUGUUUGUUGUUUUUUUGGGUUUUUUUGGUGGUCCCAUGUCAUUCGACUGGUGAGCCCAAUUUGCAUGAAAUGUUGCGUCGCUCCGUUCGCUUUGACAUCUUGUGGUUAGUGACCGGAUUGGCCGUGUGUCUACCGUCGCACGUGGUCGUCCCAGCAGCUUCGACGGAAGCGCCGCAACACGGCGAUAACGGACGCCUCUUCCGCGAAAAUUUCCAACGGCUUCAGAGUUUAGGAAUGUGCGGCAUUCCUCGUCCGCGCGUCUACUACGUCGAAGAUCAUCCGGAUGCGGAUGCGACUUUAACGUAUCAUCCGACAGCGACCGUGUUGCACCGGUGCGAUCCUUCGGGCGGUUGUUGCCGUGAUCGCCGCAAGCGUUGCACUCCCUCGGCGGAGACGGUGGUGCGCAUCGUUUUCUUCGUUCACUCCAUUCAUCGUGCGAUCAACAUGCAAUCGUCGGCCUCGCCUCUUCCUAACCGAAUCUUCCAGUCGCUCGAUUUCGUCAAUCACACGCAAUGCAUCUGCGCCGAUAUUAACGACGUUCCACGACGUUGAGUCCAACUGCAACCACAGACGCUGCAAUUUUGCUUGCAUUUCGUCGAUUGGCCAAAAAUAGGGCCUUCUAACUCAAAGACCCCCCACACGCACACGCACAUCACAUGUUUAUUAUUAUUAAAGAAACAAAUAAAAAUAAGAAGAUUAUAUAGUGUACGACCGCGAGAGCUGAAGUGGACCAAUAUAAAGUCAAAGUCCGUCCUUUCUGUCGGCUGGAUGCUUACCCUUUUCAUGUUUUGUUUUUGUUUUUCUUUUGCGUAUAUUUAAACACAUAUGAUAAUUGCAUAUAUAUUCUCUUUUAACGCAAUACAGGGCUUUGUAUUAUUUUUAAUCGACGUUAAAACGUUUUCCUGUCGAAACGUUCCUUUCACGUGCUCUGCAAAGAUUCGGGGCUGAGCGCCACUGCAUCGAUUGAAAUCAUUUUGUUUUUUGGUUUGUUUUUUCGUUAACAACAAAAAUACACGUCGGCAUCAA